GUCGCUUGGCAGCCAAGACGGACAGACAGAUGCGAGGAGGCGGUCAGUUACUCCAGCAGAAGUAGCAUAUAAUCAAACUGAAGUAAGGUGAAACAAAGUCAUACACAUCUGGGAUGGCAUGAGGAUGCACACAUUUUACCCUCUAUCACUGAAAAAGAGUUCUCAUAAAAAGCUUUCCAUCAGUCACACAGGCAGUUUUCGGUGGUUAUGGCUAAAGACCCGUUGGCAGAGGCUGGUCUUCAUUUUGAUGAACUCAACAAACUACGAGUACUUGAGCCUGACGUGAGCCAGAAAACUACAGAGCUCAAAGAGGACUGUGAGGACUUUGUUGACAAGAUUGGCCAAUUUCAGAAAAUUGUAGGUGGACUUAUUGAACUUGUGGAUGAACUAGCAAAGGAAGCAGAAACCGAAAAAAUGAAGGCCAUAGGUGCCAGAAAUUUGUUGAAAUCGGUUGGAAAGCAACGCGAGGCCCAACAGCAACAGCUUCAGGCUCUGAUCACAGAAAAGAAAAUGCAGUUGGAAAGAUAUCGAAUAGAAUAUGAAGCUCUUCAAAAAGUGGAAGCAGAGCAGAAUGAAUUCAUUGACCAGUUUAUACUGCAAAAAUGAAAGUGCAGUUUGCUUUCAAGAUUCCACUAUUUCUUCAAUAACAUCCUGUCUAUUGGACAAGAAAAGUGAUGUUAUGCAUCUGACUCACAAUGACUUCCUAUAAGUGCUGGGUCUCAAGCUAGGUUAAUUGAGUUGACUAGUCAAUAGGUGACAACCUUUGACUCUCUGUUGCAUUAACAUUGAGUGCUGUUGUAUGGCCAGAUCCAAGGGAAACACACUUCCCCA